AUGCCACAGUGUUGUGCAGUGCCUAUGUGUGCAAAUAAAAAAGGAGGGCAUAAGUUCCCUACAGAAGAUAAAAACCGAUUAAAACAGUGGCUUGUAGCCAUUCGCAGAGAUAAAUUUACUCCAACGAAAAAUAGCCUCGUUUGCAAAAGCCACUUCACAAAGGAUGAUUACCAGCUACCGAAGGACUCAGUAUUAGAAAAACCCAGGCCUGUGUUGAAAAAAUGUGCAGUGCCAAGUCGAUUCCCAUGGAUUGACCAAAAUUCUAGUUUGCAUCAAAAAAAGAAGGAGCGGCAUCAAAGGCGUUUGGCGCGAAAUGAAAGGAAAAUUAGUGUCCAAGUACACAUAAACAAUGAAAAAGAGAAGGAUGACACCUUCCUCAUGGAAACUACAAACUUUUUCGAAGUAGAAAUUGAAUUCGAGAAGAAACAGAAUGAUGUUGGUAUCCAAUGUGAUUUAUGUGGAAGUGAUAAUCUCAAAACACUUAAAGAAUGUCUUCAAAAUGAAAAUAAAAAUAAAAAAUCUUCAAUUGCAAAUGUGCUAGAUAUAACCAAUGCGGCCGAAGUACAGUUUUAUACUGGUUUCCAAGAUUAUGAACAUAUCAAAUUCAUAUUUAGUAUUUUUGGAGAUGAAGUAAAUUGUUUAAAAUAUUAUCCUCAACUGAAAACAUUGAAGGUGCCGUUUCUAAACCCUUGUGAUCAAUUCCUUCUAGUGUUAAUUAAAUUACGUCGGAACAUGCUAUUUACAGAACUCGCCUUUCGAUCGAAGAUUAAUAAAACGGUACUAAGUAACAUUUUCAUAACAUGGAUCAAUUACUUAUAUUGUAAAUUGAAAGAGUUAAAUGUUUGGGUGCCAAAACAAUGCAUAGAUAAAAAUAUGAAAUACUAUGGCAAGAUUAAUCCAUGCACUGUGAUAGUAGAUUGCACGGAAAUAAAAAUAGAGAAGCCCAAAAAUCCACUUACACAACAGCUUACAUAUUCCACUUACAAAUCAGCAAAUACUCUAAAAGUUUUAAUUGGGAUUUCAGCAUCAGGCUGCGUUACAUUUGUAUCCGAUGCAUAUGGUGGAUCUACGAGUGAUCGUGAAUUGUUUGAAAAAUGUGGACUUAUUGAUAAACUUGAACCUAAUGAUAUCAUUUUUAGUGACCGUGGCUUUAAUGUACAAGACCUAGUGUGCCAUAAAGAUGUUACAGUUAAUGUGCCAGAAUUUUUAAAAAUACUGAUGGACAAUUUGAGACUUCUCAACUGA